GCGUUGAAAUCGCUAAAGCUAGGAGAAUCGACUGAUAUUAAUGCAAUAGUUAAAGAGUAUAGAGUUUUGGCGAACACAUCAGCGUCUCCCGCAUCUACACUAUUUCAGCAAAUCCUAUCCUCGCGUGGAGGGCAACGCCUAGCGUUCUAGAAAUUCGUCAACCUCUAUUAACUUACGGUGAGUGCACAUCUUUCUUAGAGAGAUAUCAUGGUUAUUCUAAAGUUAACACGAAACUUAUCUACAGUACUAUGGUUUUCCAACCCGGCCUCCUCGAUCCUGAGAAUGUCAUGUCAAUUCAGGAAACUUCUCAGGACAACUGGCCUUUUCCCCAUAUAAUCAUCCAAGAUGCCAUUAAAGACAGCUUUCUGAGACAAGUGCGAGAUGAAAUCAAUGGCAACCUCCCAUUCAAAUUUGACGAGAAUAAUGUUUAUCGUAUCCAACGAUCGACCAACCUUGCAAACAUCUCGAAUCCUGAGGAAUUCCAAUUAGGCCUCUUACCAGGUCUCAUACAACUACGGGACGCCUUGUACAGCUUUAAAUUCAGAAAAUGGGUGUCUAGAAUCACAGCUGUCGGCCCACUGAGUGGCACCAAAUCAAGCAUGGCCGUGAAUUUAUACACUCCCGGUGGUCAUCUCCUCGUGCAUGACGAUUGCAACCCCAAUAGCAAGAAUCGGAGAGUGAGCUAUAUACUCUAUCUGACAGACCCCGACAACCCAUGGCAAUUAGAAUGGGGAGGAGGUCUAAGACUCUAUGCGAGUGAACCAAAGAGGAACGCAAACGGACAUGAUGUCAAACUCACGUUGCCCCAGUGGUCAAAAAAUAUUCAACCAUGCUUCAAUCAGCUGAUCUUCUUCGCUAUCCAGCCAGGCGGAACUUACCAUGAAGUUGAGGAAGUCCGCUACAGUGGAGAUAUGGUGGUCGACCAAGAUCGCCGACGUAUGGCUGUAAGUGGGUGGUUUCACACUGCUCAAGAGGGCGACGAAGGGUUUGACGAAGCAAUUCAACAGGCUGAGAUGCAAAGAGUGGAGCAUCUCCAUCAGCUCAAGGCUACUGUACAUGAGUUUCACGAACCGCAAACAAUUUUCACAUCAUUCGACCAUGUGGAAAUGGACGGGCCCGGUGCCAAUGGGAUACUAUCCCGACAGGAUAUAGAUUACCUGUCGUAUUACCUUGCACCACAGCUACUGACCCGAGCUCGAAUAGACCAAAUGUCGGAGUAUUUCAGUCGAACAUCGAUGUUACAGCUCAGUCCCUUCCUAUGCGAGCAUUUUGCAAUAAAGCUGAAGGAUUACAUCACAACAUUUAAUCACCGUUACGGUAAAACCAAUGAACAAAGUAACACGCCAUCUGAAUGGAAGACCGCUAGACCUCCCGAGGCACAUCGCUAUCUCUACUUAGACAAUUCCGCUGGUCCUUUAUUCCAGGCGACUCCUAUCUCACAACUUAUCACUUGCCUUCUGAGGUCUCAUGCAUUCAAAAAAUGGUUAGCAUUAGCGACAGGGUUUGCGUUGUCUAACAUCAACAAGCAGCAUGUUAUAGCCCGCCGAUUUCGCCGAGGUCUAGAUUAUAUUCUGGCCGAUGCACACGACAAAAGACGGCCACAGCUCGAUUACACACUCAGCAUAACCCCUGUGAACUGCAACCAUGCGAGCAGAUAUGGCGCGGGUGAAACUAGUGGGGAAGAGAUAUACAUGUCCACUGAACACGACGCCAUUCAGCUGAUGUUUGCUGGAAGAAAUUUUACUCGAACUCUAAAGGAUGGAACGGGCUACAAGAAUCCUAUUUCCUGGAAUAGUUUUUCAGCUAUACUACGAUGUGACGGUAUGCAGAGCUUCGUCAAAUAUGUGAGUCAUGAGGCAAGUGGAGAUCGAUGGGAUAUCAAGGGAAAAGUGCAGCUGAAGGGCCAUAUGCUGGAUGGUGUAACAAGCCAUCAAUAGAAGCGAUCGAUAUUUGUAAUACAUGAGAUGACUUGUUUGAUUUUGAUUCGAAGAAACGUACUAUUGUCUCAUCUUUGUGGCGUAUAAUGCAAUCUUU